CUGUCACACAUCUCUACACACUGUCUACACAGAGCUCUGUGUCUUGUGACUCCGAGGACACCGUUCGUGGUGGCGGACCCCUUUCUAAUGAGGCGUGUUGAGUUUUGUUUACACAGGCAAGACAACCUUAUAACCCAUAUCUCAGGCCAAUGAGAGGGUUCAGAUAGGCAGACUCGGGGUGCUGGAGGUAUAGGGAUUCACCUUGACUCAGGCUUGACAACAGGAGUCUGGCACUAGUGGCUCUUCUUGUAGUGCUUCAUAUUUGCACUGCUUCAGGUCUCUCUCUCCCCUUGAAGCUGCCCACCCCAGUCCUCCCAAGCUCCAGUCUGUCAGUGGUGAAAGGCAGACCCAGAUGCCUGAAGCUGCAGUGGACUACAAAUUCCAGCUUCCCUGUGUCCAAGAACCGUAUCUCCUCUGGUGCUCUGGUCUACUAGCUGCUGGACAGCACAAAGGAGCAGUCCCCACCCAAGAGUCAGGUGAAAUGCUCAGUCCUGUGGUACUGAGGGUUUCCAGAAUGCACUGCACACAGGUGACUGCAAUGCCCUAAGUAUGUCUGACACUUCCUGUCACCUGACCCUACCCCCACAGAGGGCGUGUGGCCGGAGCUGUGCUACAGCUAGACUGAGGCCUGAGUAUGGUGCAGUGACUGGGUAGGAGCUGUCAGUACAAUCCUACACCAGGCAAGGAGCCCGCUCUGCUGGCCCAAAGGCAGUGGUGCAGAACCUGAACAGAAGUUGUCCUGCAGUGGGAGUCUGUUCCUCUGGGGCAGAGGUAUGGCUUCAGCUGCAACUACAGCCUCUACGUCCAGAUUGAAGAGGAAAUCUUGAGGUUGUAGUUACACCAGGAGAACAGCUGUGGUACCAGUUGAGUGGUUUGUCUGGACUGUACAGGAUCCACAUGGAAGGAGUCCUGCUGGUCCAACGGCUAGGGCAUUGAUUCAUUGGACACCAUCCUGCUGUGUUCCAUUCCUGCUGUGCUCACUGUCCUGAUACUGCUGACCUGCCUACAUUGGAGACAGAGCCGCUCUGCCCUUCCUCAUCAUGACUGUUGUGUUCCGGCCCUACCUGAGGGGUGUGUACUGUGACGAUGAGGACAUCAAGUACCCCCUCAAACCUGACACCAUCACCCACGGCUUGCUGGCUGCAGUCACCAUCUCCUGCACUGUCAUCAUUAUAUCAUCAGGAGAGGCCUACCUCGUCUACAGUAAGAGGAUCCACUCUAACUCUGAGUUCAACGGGUACGUGGCGGCACUCUACAAGGUGCUGGGUACCUUCCUGUUCGGGGCAGCUGUCAGCCAAUCACUGACGGACCUGGCCAAGUUCUCCAUCGGACGCCCUCGGCCCAACUUCAUGGCCGUCUGCAACCCCAAGGUCUGCAAAGGCUACGUGCUGGAGAUCAACUGCACCGGCAAUCCUCGGCACGUCACGGAGUCCAGGCUGUCCUUCUACUCCGGCCACUCCUCCUUUGGGAUGUACUGUAUGCUGUUUCUAGCUUUGUAUGUCCAGGCGAGACUGAGGGCUAAGUGGGCAAGACUCCUCCGGCCCACAAUCCAGUUCUUCCUUGUAGCCUUUGCGGUGUACGUGGGCUACACCCGCGUGUCUGAUUACAAGCACCACUGGAGCGACGUUCUGGUGGGCUUCCUCCAAGGCGCUCUCAUCGCCAUCCUCAACGUGCGCCACGUAUCAGACUUCUUCAAGCAGCGCCCUCCCCGCUGCUCCAGCCAAGAGACGGCUGAGAGCGAGGAACUGGAGCGCAAACCCAGCCUGCAGAUGGCCGAUGCAGAGCACAACAACCAUUACAGCUACCCAGGGCCUGUGUGAGAGUGGCCAACCCAGGGGCCCCCAGACUAUGUCAACCACUCUCACCACAAACUCCCACAAACCACUGGGCUGAGUGAAGGGGCUGCACACAAUACCAGAACCAUCUAUGGCCUGAGUGCACCAGCCCCCUUCCGAAGACAUGACUCCCUCUCCCCACGAAUGGGAGAGGACUUUUGUUUUAAUCAUGAAUGUUUAUCAUGGUUGAUGUUCACAAACAUUUGUUUUGUAUGUUUUUUUUUUUCAACUUUAUUUUACACAAUAGAUUAGGAGAGAGCACCAAACAUUCACAUUAGAAAGAACGAGACUGUUCUGAGGAGAUUAGUUUUAGUGCACCUUAGUCGGAGGAGUAAUCUGAUUUCAGUGGAAGUUUGGGAUUGAUAUGUUGAAUGUUUCACCUAUGUGACAUGGAGUGCAGAGAGUUAGAAAUGUUGUUGAUUGUGUAAGCUUUCCUUGGAUGUUCCAGAGUGAUAUACCACUAGAUCACAAACAAUCACUGCAAAAAUUUGGCAUAAAGAUUUUAGAAUUUGGAAAUGAGAAAUUCAGCUUUUAGCUAUGCCAUUCUGGCUUCCCUAUUUUUUUAUAUAUAAAUGUUUUAACAGUAACAUUGCUCCUUUGGUAUGAAUUGAAGGUAUUUGGAAGGGCCUUCUAAUUUAUUUUCUAUUAUAAACUGGGUGGUUCGAGCCCUGAAUGAUAUCAUAUAUCAGACCAUAUACAAUGGGUAUGACAAAACAUUUAUUUGUACUGCUCUAAUUAUGUUGGUAACCAGAUUAUAAUAGCAAUAAGGCACCUCUGGGGUUUGUGGUAUACGGCCAAUAUAUCACGGCUAAGGCUGUAUCCAGGCACGCUGCGUUGCAUAGUGCAUCAGAACAGCCUUUAGCCGUGGAAUAUUGGCCGUAUACCACAUCCCCUCGUGCCUUAUUGAUUAAUUAUAGAUUACUUUAUUCUCACGGUUGGAAAUGUCUAUUAAACCAGCGCUGUUCAGCUAUUUUGCAAUCACGAUCACCCCUGUUAGCCACUAUGAGCCACAAAUACUGUAUCUUCUAAUAUUGUGACAUUUUUCAUACUGCAUGGAGAAUGUGUGUAAAUAUGCAUGUAAGUAUGUUUUUUUUUCUCACAUGUACAUGUUCUCUGGCCCAUAUCAAACCAGUGCCUACCUGGACUAGUGCCCUUUAAGAUUGCCACAAAUGGAUCAGAUUCCAAGUUCACAACGCAAACCAGAUGCCUUAACAUGAGCCUUUAAGGGUUGUAAAGAUACAUCUUACCAUUCGAGUCAUUUGUUGCAAGCUGUUAAUACUGUUCUGUGCAAAGUUCAAAGAUUGGACUGGACUGAUUGAGCUCAUUUGUGAAGAAGUGCUCCUGUACACUGACUGUCCGGCCUGGCCCUGCUUGGCACAGGAGGACUGACGACAUAUCAGUCAGCUGGUAGUGAUUGUGAGGCUCAGAGAGCUGACUGAGAAGUGACCUGUGACUGUGGAAUGGCAAGGGCCUCCUGCGGAGACCUGGUCCCUACGGACUUCCAGACUUUUAAAAACUGCUUUGAAUUCCAGAAAUGAGAACCACCUGGACCAGCUUCAGUGAAGUGUUGUUGUUGUGUAACGUCUCAGCUGUGUAUUACUGAAUCCCCAGACCAAAUUUACCCAUGAAACAAUGGUAUGAAAAUGUAAUGGUGUUUGAGUCACCUCCAGGUUUCCAUCAUAAAAGGCACUCGGUUAGCCUUGUUCUGGGUGGUGUGUGUUUCAUUUGUAAUCAAACUAUUUCCAUUAGGAUUGGUGCCUUCGAAUAGGUCCUGGUUGGCCAUUCUUUGUAUGUCCAACAUGAUGCUGUUCUGUACAUUCAUCUAGCCAUAGCUGUUUAUGUAUACACAAAAGGACUCUAAAUAAAUACCAAAUAUACAUGA